AUGACUAAAUCCGAGGUCACUCCUCCGGCCCUGCCGUUCCCGGCGCACACCGCCGAGGCCGUCAAAGUUCUCGAGGCGCUCCGUGUUGACCCCACCGAGGGUCUCUCGACGUCCGAGGCUGCGGCCCGCCUGGAAACGUAUGGACCCAACCGUAUCAAACCCCCACCCAAGGUGAACAUCUUCAAGAUUUUUCUCCGGCAGGUCGCAAACGCCAUGACCGUCAUUCUGAUCGGCGCCAUGGCCGUCUCCUUCGGCGUAAUGGACUGGAUUGCUGGCGGCGUCAUUGCCGGUCUCAUUCUCCUCAACGUCAGUGUCGGCACAUGGACCGAGUGGGAGGCUGAGAAGAUUGUCGCCAACCUCGCCGUCGUCGGUGCACCGACGGCUGUUGUCCUCAGGCAUGCAAACGGGUCCCACGACGCACAGCCCCUGGAGGUUGCCGUCGCGGACAUUGUUCCUGGCGACAUUGUGCUGCUCAAGAACGGCGACAUUGUUCCUGCCGACGGCCGUGUCCUCGAUGGCCUCAGCAACCUCGAGGCGGACGAGGCGUUCCUUACCGGCGAGUCGCUGCCCGUCAUGAAGCAGUCCGAGCCCGUGGACGAGGACAACUGCCCUGUCGGCGACCGGCUCAGCAUGGUCUUCUGCGGCGCUAUGAUCACAAAGGGUCGCGCGUCCGUCGUUAUCACUGGCACCGGUAUGUCGACGGAGAUUGGCAACAUUGCCCGCGCUCUGCAGAGCAAGGGCGAGCGUACCGAGACGGGCUUUGCGCGUUUCUGGUACUGGCUAAAGGUCAAGCUCGGGCUUGCUGAGACUUCACCAUUACAGUACCGUCUCAACUCGCUCGCGCUUGCACUUCUCGCCGCGGCCAUCGUCACUGCCAUUGUCGUCCUUGCCUCCACCGGAUUCCGCAACAUUCCCCGCAGCACUGCGACGUACGCUGUCGCUGCCGCCGUGUCCAUGCUCCCCGUCUCGCUGGUCGCGGUGGUGUCACUUACCCUUGCUCAGGCGUCCGGCCAGCUCGCCAAGGAACACGUGCUCGUUCGCCGCAUGGACGCGAUCGAGGCACUGGCCGGCAUCGACAACGUGUGCUCGGACAAGACUGGUACGCUCACGGUCGGGCGCAUGGUCGUGCGCAAGAUGUGGGUCCCGUCGGGCCACAAGCACGGCUCGACGUACUCGUUCAAGUCGAGCUCGGACCCGUUCAAUCCGCAGGGCAAUGUCACGCGCGAUGGCGACGACGCCGCGCUGUCACCGGGCAAGAUGCAGGAGACCGCGCCUGAGCUCCACGCCCUCGCGAUGUGCACGUCUCUAUGCAACCAGGCUGUACUCUCGCCGCCGCGCGACAGCGACGAGGGCUGGCAGGCGAAUGGCGACCCGACCGAGACCGCGCUCCAGGUCGCGUCGUACAAGAUGGGCUACGCCAAGCCUGCUCUCACGGGCGGGCUGCUCCCCGACGGUAUCGAAACUGUCCCUGUCACCAGCUCCUACAAUCAGGUCGUCGAGCACCCGUUCGACUCGAGCGUCAAGCGCAUGUCGAUCGCGUACGCGAACGGCGACGCGGGCUACACCUGCUUCCUCAAGGGCGCGGCCGAGCGCAUCCUGGACUGCUGCAACACGAUGGCGGGUGCCGAGAUGACUGCCGCGGACCGCGAGUACAUCAUGCACACGGUUGAGUCGCUGGCCGGGCAGGGCCUCCGCGUCCUCAGCUUCGCCAGCAAAACUGAAAAAGGCGACGUCACAACCCUCACGCGCGAUGAGUUUGAGGCGAUUGGAUGGACGUUCCUUGGCCUCGCGGGUAUCUACGACCCGCCGCGCGAGGAGUCGGCUGGUGCCGUCAAUGACUGCCACGUCGCGAGCAUCACGCCGCGCAUGCUCACGGGCGACCACCCGGCCACGGCGACGGCUAUUGCGCUCACGAUCGGUAUCCUUCCCAAGACGUACCCCAAGUCUGCGGUGAUGACAGGACAGCAGUUUGACGCACUCAGCAAUGCCGAGGUCGACGCGCUUCCCGACCUGCCGCUCGUUGUCGCACGCUGCGCUCCGGAGACCAAGGUGCGCAUGGUCGAUGCUCUGCACCGCCGCGGCCAGACGACGGCGAUGACGGGUGACGGCGUCAACGACUCGCCGGCGCUCAAGCGCGCCGACGUCGGCGUGGCGAUGGGAACGGGCUCGGACGUAGCCAAGGAGGCCUCGCGCAUCGUGCUCACCGACGACGACUUUGCGAGCAUCAUCACCGCGGUCUCGAUGGGUCGCAACGUCUUCCAAAACCUGUCCAAGUUUAUGCUGUACAUGCUCUCUGGCAACGUUGGCCAGCUCACGGUCAUGCUCUUCGGCCUUGCCUUCCGCGACGAGGACGGUUUCAGUGUAUUCCCACUUGCACCCGUCUCGGCUCUCUGGGUGAACACUCUCACGGCUGGCCCGCCCGCGAUGGCCCUCGGCGUCGAGCCGCCUUCUCCUGACGCGAUGACGCGCCCUCCAGCAGGGUACCGCACGAUCCUGACGCGCGAAUUCACCAUCGAUCUCUUCUACUACGGUUUCCUCCUUGGCGGCCAGAGUCUGAUCAACUUUGUCAUUGUCAUGUACGGCUACUACCCUGGCGACUUUGGGCACGACUGCAACGUGACGGACAAUAUCAGCUGUGGGCCCGUCUUCCGCGCCCGCGCGACAUGCAUGGCCACCCUCCAAAUCUGCAUGCUCCUGCACUCGCUACAGUGCCGCCACGCGACGAUUAGUGUCUUCACGCUCGGCCUGAACACGAACAAGGCUCUGCUAUGGUGCGUGCUCGUGCUCAUUGCGAGCACCUUCCCGAUCAUGUACAUCCCCGUGAUCAACAACAAGGUCUUCCUCAUUGGCCCGAUCACGUGGGAGUGGGGCAUCGUCUUUGCCCAGGUGUUGGUGUACAUCGGCGCUUCCGAGGCAUACAAGUGGGGCAAGCGGGUCGUGUUCCGCCGUCGCGGGAUUAAUGUCCCUGGUGCGGCUGGCAUCGACAGCGAGGCUGCGCGGCCGAACGCGUCGGCCAAGGAGAGUGUGCUGGAGAAGUGA